AUGUCAGUAGAUUAUAGAACCUUUCAAUUUGUAUUUGGUAACAAGGUUAUAGUUAGAAAGAUAUUUCAAUCAAUACCAGAGAUACAUGCAACCAUCAGCUUCAAUCAACCCAAACAUAGUUUUCAAUCUCUUCCAAGUUAUAUAGUAUCAUAUUUUAAAGUAGAUCUUAGGUCAUCACAUGAUAAUAAUGAUGAUGAUGAUAAUGAUCAAAAGUCUAAAGACAACUUUAAUCAAAGAAGUUUAAAGUUAUUGUAUUCAAAACUAAAACAUGAUGAUACUUUUAUAUUGGCAUUUAAAGCAGUACCAUCUAUUCUUAGACACUGUAGAGAUGUAAAGAUACUAAAAGAGAUAGUUAGGAGGUUUCCUCUCUACCCUCGUCAUACACUUUCAUUGACCAUAUUCGAUCAGGUUGACCAAACCAAUGAUGUGCCUGACCAAACGAGCAAGGAUUGCACAGGCUCACCUUUUUGGUUUGCUCAUAAUAUCGCUGCAGGUGGUAAUCUAGAGUGUCUCGAGUACGUCGUCAACGAGCUGGGUAUCCUUCCCUCUGCAGCCACUGCAUUGAUGGCAUGCGAGUAUGGCCAUGAACACAUCCUCCACUAUCUAAACACCGUCCAUAAAAUUAAAAUCACUCAAAAUGCCUUUGAAAUUGCUUGUUUUAAUGGUCAUACAUGCAUUGUUGUAUAUUUACUCAAACAUUAUCCAUCUUUAAAGUUCAAAACUAUUGCAUUAUUAAAUAUAUUAAAUGGUAAAGGUAGUUUAAAAGAUAAAUAUGAUAUUUCAAAAUUAUUGAUAGAUAAUAUUCCAAAGCGAUUAUUACCUGGAGAGGUAUUGUUGAAUGUCAAGUUUGUAGACAUUGCAGUGCGAUUAAACUCUUUGGACCUUGUUAAACUCUAUUACACACGAUUUGGAGAGAAUUCAGUGUCUGGGUUUGCCUUUGACUAUAUGGCCAACUUGGAUAUUCUCAUUUAUUUGGAACAACAACUUACCAUUCCAACCAAUCCAUCGACAAUGUCAUAUAUAGCAGGUAACGGAUAUUUGGAUAUUUAUUCUUACAUGCACGAGAAUAGAUCAGAACCAUGCACAGAAUCGGCAAUGUCUGCUGCAUGCUCGGCGGGUCAUUUAAAUCUUGUAAAGUACAUUGUGGAAAGAACAUCAUGUUAUCUAGACUCUACCACUUUUCAUAAUGCUACCAUCAACGGACAUCUUGAAGUUGUAGACUUUUUGAUUAAAAAUCUUCAAUUUGAUUUACCUGAUCAAUCAAUUGCUUUUGUUUGUAGUAAAGGAAAGGGAGACUAUAGUUCAGUAGCAAAAUAUUUAUUGGAAAAUAAUCUUACACCAUACAGCAGGAAUCCAUCGGUCGAUAGUCAUUCAUUAUUUGCUUUGGUAGCGAAAAGAGGCAACAUGGAACUUAUGACCUGGAUGAUGGGUUAUUUUGGAUUCCAAACGUUCAAGGAUAUUUCUCCACUCGUCAAGGAUCAUAAUGACAAAAUACAGGAUCCACUCUCGAAUGAAUUUAUUGGUAAAUGUGUGCUAGAGUUGAUCGACAACUCACAUUUCUCCAUGUUGGUUUGGGUUCUCGACCAAUACCGAGAACUUCUAAACCCCGAGGCUCUAAGAGACUUGGUUGUACGAGGGACACCAUCGCUCGAGAUUGUAUCGUUUUUGUACAGUCUAGACAACAAUGUCUUCCGAGGUAACACUGAAAAGAGCAGGUUCAACCCAGUUACAUACCAUAUCAUUCGAUUCCUUCACCAACAUGAUUGUUGUCACCUAACACCCCACUGCAUCGAUAUUAUUGCAGCAUCUGGUGACUAUAAAUCCAUCCAAUAUAUCUACACCAACACAAAUUACAGAGGUACCUCUAUGACCUUUGUUUAUUCUAUUAAAUACGGACACAUAGAGGUGGCAAAAUUCAUACAUGACCACAGCAAUGCUGAAGAAAUAUCAAGAGAACAGUGUAUAAAAGAAAUUACUGUCAGAUACGAAUGUAUUCAAUUCUUAUUCAACCUUUUCAAUGAUCCAUCUCAUCUCCUACCCCACUUUGAUAAGAAUAUGAUACACAAAGUAAACCAAGUUUACACUUUAGAAUACUUGGAAUCAAUACAACUUAAAUUAUCAAAUCAAGAUAAAGUAAAUAAUAAUAAUAAUAAUAAUAAUAAUAUAGGUUUUUUAAAAAGAUUAUCAAAAAUUUGGAAAAAGAAUUAA